AUGGACAGCAAAGACAUCACUGUGCAUCAUAAGGAGGUGUCCUCGCUGAAAAGGAUUGGGAGUGGUAGCUAUGGUGUUGUAUAUAAAGGAAUUUGGAGAACAAAUGCUAUUAAAAGUGUGAAGGUUGCUGUAAAAUGUUUGGAAAAAGGCAAUAAUAAAGAUUCGGAAACAAAUAUUCUUCGAGAAAUCCGCAAUCUACAAGAGCUCAAGCAUGAAAAUAUUGUCACAUUCCAUGGCGCCUAUCGCCAAAAAAACAUAUGCCUCAUUUUCGAGUACUCAGACUGUGGAUCACUCUAUGAUUACUUGCAAAAAAAAAUCGUAAGAGUUUCAAACAUCGAAAAGCUUCACUGGAUGUUGCAAUGUGCCAAUGGCAUGGAAUAUUUGCACAGCAAAAAAACAAUUCAUCGCGAUCUUAAACCACACAAUCUGUUACUUUUCAAUAAUUAUCGCACAUUGAAAAUAUGCGAUUUUGGUACUGUAAAACAAUAUGCAACAGAAAAUACGGAACUUAUUGGGACAAUUGGUUAUAUGGCUCCAGAAGUUUGUACUGCUGAUGGUAAAUAUACGGAAAAGUGUGAUGUGUUUAGCUAUGGGAUCACUUUCUGGGAAGUAUUCGCUGAAAAGAAGCCAUUUGAUGACUUACAACAAACAAAUAUGCACCCUUUGGCCAUCCAAAACAAAAUUAUUAAUGUUUCUAGGGAAAAAAAAAAUUGUAUUUACUUGCUUUUUGAGUGUUCAACUGUAUCGAUUCACAACUUAUUUCACGAUCAAAAAUGUACCAAUAGAGAUUCCUAUCUUAAGCUAGAAUGGAUCUACCAGUGUCUCCAGGGUUUGGACUAUUUGCAUAGCAAUAAUAUAGUCCACGGUGAUCUUACAACUGAAAACCUGUUACUUUUCGAUAACUGUCGUAAUGUAAAAAUAUUCGUUAUUAAAAAAGUGGAUGAACUAUUUUAUAAUGCAAUAGUUAACAACAAAGAGUCAGUUUAUGUAGCUCCAGAAGUUCAUAGCGGAGAAAGAGAGUUCACAAAAGAGUCUGACAUUUACAGCUUUGGCAUAAUUAUGUGGGAAAUAGUGACUGCAAAGAAUCCAGUUGUCGAAUUCAAAAAUAAACAACCUUCGACUAUUAUGAAAAUUAUUAAUGAUAUUAUACACACUAGAACCUCAGAUAUCCGUAAAAUAAGAAACGCUAUUGAAGACUGCCUGAAAACUGCAGAAUACCGUCCAGAUACUAAGGAGCUGAUUAAAAUGUUAAUUUCUUAACGUAAUGCACUAGUCAAUCUGUGGAAUAUGUGAUGAAAGCUACAUUCUAUGCGACUCUGAGAUAGCCUCUAUCCAUCUUCAAUGAAAGCAAAACAGUACGAUACUAUAGUAAACAUAUUUCGAAAAAUACUAAAAUG